CACACACUUAAACAUAAUUGAAUUCAAGAUUUGACAAAAAUAUGUAUGUUCCUUCCCACUCAACUCUCGCUGCCCGACAUCCGUCAUACAUUUUGGGCACCGGGCGUCCGUAUAGCCUCUCCAGAAAACAACACGCGCUCAAUUUAGAUAAGCGAGCGCGCAGGCACGCUCACCUUCGGAUUGAGUUCAUGGAAGUGAUAUCUGUUCUUGUUUUUUAAAACACACACCUCUAUGGAUCCUUUCGAUUUCGUUACCCGGAAACAAGGAUCAUAUGUCAUCAUAACUAGUCGGGUUGCAUGUGAAAAUCAUGUCCAGCUCCUACGUUUGGAUUACAUAAUAAUUUAUUCUGACCCUUAAAUCGAUAGAAGUUUUAUAGACAAAAUUAUCGUAUUAGUGGACGGAUUGUUGAUCACCUGAGCUGAGGAAUCUAUUAGAGAAUUAUUCUACUAGUCUACUUCCGGACAGACAGGUAGAGGACGAUGGAAGACAGAGGCAGCGCCCCGCCAGAUCUGAUCAAGGACCAUGGAGAACACAGUCGUGUUCUCACUCCCCUAGCCCCUGGCAGAGGAGUGCUGUUCCCUCCAUCUCUCCUUCCUCCCUGCUCUACCCUCCUCCCUACUGUCAUCCCCCCUUCACAGAACGACCUGUGGCAGCUACCUGGAAGACUCCGUAUAAACCCGUCUCUGUGGGAUAAGGAGGAUGUGGUCCACUGGCUGCACUGGGCUCAGAGGGAAUAUUCUCUCCUCAGAACUGAGAGAGGACGGUUUGAGAUGAACGGCAGAGCUCUCUGCCUCCUCACCAAGGAAGACUUCAGACGUCGCUGUCCUGACUCAGGUGAUGUACUCUACGAGCUCCUGCAGUGUGUGAAGCAGCAAAGAAGAGAUGUCUCCACAGGCCACACAACUCCACCAAUCCUGACCCUCACCAAGCCCCCUCUCAGUCUCACCAAACUCCUCCCUACUAAACACACCCAGCCACUCCAAACCAAUGGAAGCCAGGGUGCCCAAUCCCUAGGAGCCAAUGGAUCAACAAAUGUGUCCAAGUGUCCUCCCACAAUCCCCAGCUCCCAGGAGGAGGAGCCUCUCAACCUGUCCAAUCAGGAGAGGACUGAGAGAGAAGUCCCACCUAGAGAGGCCAACGGCAAGAUCCCAGACUGCAGGUUGCUGUGGGACUAUGUGUACCAGCUGUUGUCAGAUCAGCGCUACCAGCUCUUCAUCCGCUGGGAGGACCAGGAGAGCCUGGUGUUCAGGGUGGUCGACCCCAACGGACUAGCUCGACUCUGGGGGAACCACAAGAACCGAGCCAACAUGACGUAUGAGAAGAUGUCUCGUGCUCUGAGACACUACUACAAACUCAACAUCAUCAAGAAAGAACCCGGACAGAAACUACUCUUCAGGUUUCUGAAGACCCCUCAAGAGAUCAAGCAGCACCGAGCGGACCGCCUCGACUCAGCAGAUUCCCCUGAACACUCACCCUCACACUCACCCUCGCACUCACCCUCACACUCACCCUCACACUCACCCCGGCGGGACUUCAGUGAGGAUGGUUUGGAGGUGUCCCCUGAAUACAACUCCCCAAGCUCUAACCCCCUUAGCAUGACGGUAUGAACAAGGGUACUCCUGUGUUGAGGUAUUGGCUCUAUUGCACUGUGAAAUGGCUAUAUUUUUGAGCAGUAAUCUACUAACCCACUAUCGUACUGUGGAAAAUUUAUGGAGCUGCUGCGUCGCUAAUGACUAGCGUUCCCAAAACAAAAACACUAUUCAUCCGGAAAGAGCAGAGCUGUCUGAUCACAACCUUUUACUCAUCUGUAGCUGCAUGAAUUACAGCAUCACUUUAGAACUAUACACACAAAUCUGAUCACAACCUUUUACUCAUCUGUAGCUGCAUGAAUUACAGCAUCACUUUAGAACUAUACACACAAAUCUGAUCACAACCUUUUACUCAUCUGUAGCUGCAUGAAUUACAGCAUCACUUUAGAACUAUACACACAAAUCUGAUCACAACCUUUUACUCAUCUGUAGCUGCAUGAAUUACAGCAUCACUUUAUAACUAUACACACAAAUCUGAUCACAACCUUUUACUCAUCUGUAGCUGCAUGAAUUACAGCAUCACUUUAUAACUAUACACACAUCUGAUCACAACCUUUUACUCAUCUGUAGCUGCAUGAAUUACAGCAUCACUUUAGAACUAUACACACAAAUCUGAUCACAACCUUUUACUCAUCUGUAGCUGCAUGAAUUACAGCAUCACUUUAGAACUAUAGACACAAAUGCUACAACUAACAGUUCUGUUUGCAGUUCUUCCCGGGUCUGACGUGCCACUUGUCAAAUGCGCUCGGUAAAUAGAAUUAUAAUAUGAUCAAAGUUGAAGUUGCCCAUUACAAGCAGGACCCACACGCUAAUAGCUGUCCCCAUUAGUAGCUGGGAUGAUUGGAAUAAUUAAUUUGAUCAUAAUAUUUACCUUUGCUUCUGUAUAUAUUUUCAAACUCUGAAUUUGUGGAAUGAAUUUAAAUGAAUGAAAUUGUUAUUUUUUUAAAAAUGUUUUUAUUUUUUUUUAAUGAUUUUUGUUGUUGUUGUUGUUGUUGUUAUUGUCAAAUCGCCAUUGGCAACCCAUCCCUUACGGGAUUUAUUGACACAUGGUGGAAAGGGCAAUACAGGAUAAAAAUGAGUUUCGUUCACUAUUUCUUCAAGGUCACAAUCGUUACAUAGGCUUUCCUCUUCUUCCAGUUCACCACUGUUAGCAGUCGAUGUUAUUCUUCAAUAACACAAACCCCAAAGCAAAUCAGGGGGAGAAAAACAGAUUCAUUUGAAAAGGACAAAUCAUAAGAUGUUAUGCUGGGAGGUAGAUGUUCAUUCUCACCUGUCCUCAGCUUGUCACCAUAGAACAAAGAAACAAGAUGCCACUUAUACCCCCCCCACUCUCACCUGGGGUUGACCAAUCAGAAGUCUUUGCAGUACAACUUGGCCAAUGGUCAAAUAACAAGUAUCCUGCUCCAGAUUCAAUGUACAGACCAAUGAAAACGUAGCUCAGGACUGACAUGUAACAGAUUCUAACCAGCUGUUGAACUGAGAACUAUUUCCAUUAACAAUCCCCUGUUGACCAUUAGGCCUCUAGUUAGUUUUUAGUACUCUUGUGUUCUCAUCCUCUGCGUCGUGUAUUUAUCUUCAAAAUAUUCUUAUACCACAACACCGACCUGUUUCAAUACGCAAAGGCAAUAUCCCUGGUCGUACCUGUUUCAAUACGCAGAGGCAAUAUCCCUGGUCGUACCUGUUUCAAUACGCAGAGGCAAUAUCCCUGGUCGUACCUGUUUCAAUAUACAGAGACAAUAUCCCUGGUCGUACCUGUGCACAUAGCGAUCUUUUGCUUUUAGGUCGGUUAUACAUAAUAUAUCUCACACACGAAUUCACCCUUAAUCAAAUCAAAGGUUCUCAAUUUAUGUUUAUGAUUAAUCUCCACCCAUUUUUUUAAAAUGUUAAAUAUUGCAUCAACAGUUUUUUUUUUUUUUAUCAUAUCUAUGUCUCCCUUCAUUUGGUUUUCCUACAGAUGUUCACAGUCAGACUGUUGGAAAAGGUCAGACAUUUCAGUUGCCCAGACUCCCCUUAUGGAUAGAUCCAUACCUUCCAUCUCACAGGGUUCCCAGCCCAUCUCCCCACGUAUUGCUAGUAUAGGUGGACACCUAAAAAGUACUGCUCUGUUAUGGACAUGUUCAGUUUAAAAUACCUCUUAGCACCCCACAAUCCUGCGGAAUAGUCCAGAACAGGACACACGCAUGUCUGAUACAGUUUGGAAUUCGUAGCAUAACCAAUAUCCUUGAGUGGUUUUGGUUCUUCCUGUAACUCCCCCAAGAGCUCUACUUCCUGAUUCGUCCAGGGCAGAUGUUCCCUAUAGAAAGGUCAUUAUGUUCAUCAAUAAAAAUACACAAAUAUUUAUAAUGGCUAGUACACUCAAGAAUAUCUUCACUAAAACAAAACUGAAAAGCACUUCUCUUUGUAACUGUUUUUCUAAAAUGCAUUAUCUGUGUUUGAUCAUGAGUCUCCAUCUUUUACACCAAGUCACUAUCUGUGUUUUAGUCUGGUUGAUCAUGAGUCUCCAUCUUUUACACCAACAGACUGGACAUAGUAACAUGUUCUGCAGGUCUUGUUCAGUUUCUGGCAUCAUAAUAAAAUCAUUAGCAUAUAAAAGGAUAUUUAGCAUUUCAUCAUCAUCUUUUACUCCAAUAUUUAUCUGUUUAAUUUAUUUUGCCAAAUCAUUUAUAAACAAAGCAAACAAAGUCGGUGAAAAGGCGUCUCUGUGGUUUACACCCGAGGAUGUGGGAAACCAAUCUGUACCAUAUUCAUUAACACUCACACCAGGCUUUGGGGCUUUGUAAAAAGACUGGAUUGUGUUCUAAAAGUCCCCAUCAACAACACCUGUCUUUAACAAACUAUAGUGUCAAAUAUUCCUAUUUACAAAAUCAAAAGCUUUCUGUGGAAAUAAAUGAAUUGAUUUUGAUGAA